AUGGGAGGGGGGGGCUCAGUGGGCGGGGCCGCCGCGCGCGCCCCUCACCUGCCGCCGGUGGUGCCGCCGCGCGCGCGCUCGCCCGGCUGGGGGGCGUGGCCUCGACGGAAGGGCGUGGCCGCCGGCGGGAGAAGAGCGCACGCGCGGCCCCGCCCACCCCGCCCGGCCCCGCCCGCCGCGUCCCUGCCGUUGCCCGGCAACGCGCGCGCCUCGCCCGGCGCGGCUCCCGAUUGGACGAGGGCGCAGCGGGCGGCCAAUCAGAGCCGGCCUUGCUGCGAGUACUUGAGCCGGCGCAUCCCCCAGAACCCCAAAUACCAACACAUCAAGACCCGCUUGGACACUGGAAACAGUUUGUCCAAAUACCUGGAGAAGGUGGAGGAGAUGAAGAGAAAUUACAGGUAUAAAAAGGAUGAGCUGUUUAAGAGGCUGAAGGUGACAACUUUUGCCCAGCUGGUGCUGCAGGUGGCCUCCCUCUGCGACGACAGCCUGGCCGUGACCAGCGAGGAGCUGCACAGGCUGCAGGAUGCCGCUGCCGCCGGUGAGGAUGCCCAGGUGGCACCAGGGACCAACGGCAAGGGCAGCCCUGAGGAGCCCCCCAACCCAGUCCUGUUCCUGAACAGCACAGCCCCUGGGGAGUCGCAGCGUUCCACGCUCCAGAGCGUGAUCAGCGGAGUGGGGGAGAUGGACAUCGAGAAGGACUCUCCCAAGAAGGAGGACACCCAGGCCAAGGACCUGCCCUAUCCAGACUGUCCCUUCCUGCUGCUGGACGUGCGGGAUCGGGACGCCUACGAGCAGUGCCACAUCGUGGGAGCUUAUUCCUACCCUAUUGCCACGCUGUCCAGGACCAUGAAUCCAUACACAAACAGUAUUCUGGAAUAUAAAAAUGCCCACGGGAAGAUCAUCAUCGUGUACGACGACGACGAGCGCCUGGCGAGCCAGGCGGCCACCACCAUGUGUGAGAGGGGCUUCGAGAACCUCUUCAUGCUCUCCGGGGGCCUGAAGGUGGUUGCCCAGAAGAUCCCCGAGGGGCUGGUGACGGGCACGCUGCCCCUGUCGUGCCAGCUCCCAGCCCCGGGAUCGGCCCGCAGGAAAACCUCCCCCCGAGCACCCCCUGCCCGCGCCGAGAACAAGUGGAGGUUCUCUGCUGAGGAUCUGCAGAAGCUCAAGUUCUACCUGGCCGAGGAGCACAUUCCUUUGGACACUGCCAGCCGCCUGAGCCGUGGGAUUUCCAGCCGGGAUUCCAAACCCGCAUCCGUGAGGAGCAACCCCAGCCUGCACGGCUCCAGCGCGGGAUCGCUCAGCUCCCGCACGCUCAGCAGGACCAGCCUCCAGAACAGGCCCUGGAAAUAGCCUGGGGGUCUCCUCCCACCGAAUAAAGGAUUAUCCAGGUUUUGGGAAUA